AUGCAUUUGCUUGCUCAUCGGCCAUGCAUGCGGCCACUGAGGCUUCACUCGCUGUGCCUUCCCUCCCUGAGGCCUCGCUCACUUGGGCCUUCCUCCAUCGAGGCUCGCUUCACUGAGCCUUCCCCCCAUGAGCCUUCCUCCACUGAAGCUUCCUCCAUCGAGACCCGCAUCACUGAGGCUUCUUCUAGGGAGCUUUACUUUACUGAGCCUUUGCUCACUGGCCUCGCUCACUGA